AAAUGACCUUGUGCGGAAACAGUCGUUCCGGGUAGCAGAUAGGAAGCUUUGGGCGGUGGUUGAAAACUCUGUCGGGUUUAAGGUAAAAUCAAAGAAGCAGCAUCAUGUCGAGCAAAGCAAUCCGUGCCAAGACAAAGACAGCCAGGAAGCGCCCUCAGCGCGCAACCUCCAAUGUCUUUGCUAUGUUUGAUCAGUCCCAGAUCCAGGAGUUUAAAGAAGCAUUUAACAUGAUCGAUCAAAACCGUGAUGGCUUUGUGGACAAGGAGGAUUUGCACGAUAUGCUCGCAUCACUAGGCAAGAACCCGACAGAUGCAUAUUUGGAGGCAAUGAUGACCGAAGCGCCUGGGCCCAUUAACUUCACAAUGUUCCUCACCAUGUUUGGAGAGAAACUGAAUGGUACUGACCCAGAGGACGUCAUCCGUAAUGCCUUUGCUUGUUUUGAUGAGGAGGGAACUGGCUUCAUCCAGGAAGACUACUUGCGGGAACUUCUCACCACUAUGGGAGACCGCUUCACAGACGAGGAAGUCGAUGAGCUUUUCAGAGAGGCUCCAAUUGACAAGAAGAACAACUUCAACUAUGUGGAGUUCACUCGUAUCCUCAAACAUGGAGCAAAAGACAAGGACGAUUAAAUAGUUAAAAAAUGUUCAUUAAGAAAUGUUCAUGCAUUGCCAGUCCUUCCUCUUUUAAUAUUCUCAGAUAGAGGAGCUUUAUCUAAUAUUUCUGGAAAAAAAGCUGCCACUCUUGGAAAAACUUAGCCGAGCUGCUGUGUCUGUGUGUUUUACGGGGGGAUGAGGUAUCAAGAUUGAGACCAAAUCAGUAAUUAUGUUAAAAAAUGUUUUUGUUUUCUUUGUACUGAUAUAGUUUUGUGUUUACUUUGAAACCGUACACAGUUAUGUUCACUGGUGGGUGUUUUAUUAGUUUGGGUGGUUUAUCAUGAUUCAACUCAGAUACAGUUACUUACAAAACAUGCAUCAUAUUGGGUAGGUUUUAAAGUUCUAAAUUUCUAAAGGGGUAGUAUGUGCGUUAAAACAUAUACUUCACUACAUCAGUUUGUUUAGGCCUCUCUUUGUUUCUUUUUCCAGCAAGUGUCCCGUUAAGUAUACAGACACCUCAUUUAAUGCAGCAGAACUGCACAGAACAGUCUCGGACCUCCAAAAGGUCCAACAUCUCAGUACUUUAAAACUGUUUAAAUGUGAAGUGGUGGUGGGGUUCUACAGGAUCCUUUACUGUUGUGUACUGAUCUGGUGGACUUUUUACAUUUUGUAAUAAAUAUGAGCUUUUUCAAUAAAUUACAUAAUUGUAGUGUUAUUUGAUGUCUUUGUCUUUUAAAUAAAGUCUCCACAGUAUGCAAGUUUUAUUUUGCUGAGAGGGCCUAUAUAAAUAAAUUAAUGCUGAUGUUUACCAAGA